AUGAAACGCGCCUGUAGCCCAGAAAUCAGCCCAAAUCAUGAGCUGAAAACAGGGAUACCACUAAGUGAAAAAGGUCCAGUUCUCUUAAGCCUGAAUGCGCCUGUCUCUCCGCCACCGAAAAGAGCAUCCAUCAAGUGGGCCAAGGAUGGAGACGGAGGAGGCGCCAUCCCGCUGACCACAGCACAACUUAACACUUCAUCUAGUCUCGCGGCCAUCGAAGCAGGCCAGGUUGAAGUGACCGACCAUCUGACCACGAUUUCUACAAAGCUCAAAGAAUGCGUUCGCCCACUGCCAAAGCAACCAACACCACGGCUACCCAUCAAGGAAUGGGUCGAGCUGUACCAACGCAAUGAGCACCCAGAGGGACGCCAUUUCGUCAUCCAUCAACAUGACCAUCCCAUCGCAGGGCCCCAUUAUGAUCUCCGCCUCCAAUUCUCAGAGACCAGCUCUGUCAGCUGGUCGGUCAUGUAUGGGAUGCCUGGGGAUCCAAAUAGCCAGCGAUUGAACCGAAAUGCAACCGAAACUCGGAUCCAUUGUCUAUGGAAUCAUCUCAUCGAAACAGCUUCCCAAAAAACAGGAAGCCUGAUUAUAUGGGAUACUGGAGAAUAUGAAAUUCUACCUUACCAAAUGGACCCAUCUGGCCCCGAGACCGAUGAUUCUCGAUCAGAGAUCUCCGAAGAUAGUCAUGCUUCACUGAGAGACCAGCUCUCAGAUAGUGCAAAGUUGCGAGAGGCUUUUCAAAAUGUAGAUGAUCCAUCUUCUGACGCUCAAGACACCAAGCGCAAAAUCCGACUCCGGCUUCAUGGAACCCGCUUACCAAAGGACUACACGAUUAUUCUGCGGAUGGAUAAAUCAAGCGAUUUCGCGCGGCCGAUUCGCGAAGGCCCCAAACGGCGUCGUCGACACCCGCAUAGGCGAACAGUACCACAAGCGCCGUCUACCUCGGACUCGGGAUCGCUUUCGCCGCCCUCUGGCAAAGAAGAAUCAAGGGGCCAUACAACACCGCACCAAUCCCAAUCCGAAUUUCAAACUGAGCCAGCUAAGCAUACACAUGCAGAAAACACUCACACCGCCGACCUUGAAAUUCAAAGAAACAAUGCCUACCCAGGGUCAAUCAACACGAUCGGCUCGAUCCACCAACGGCGAUGGUACCUCAGUUUAGACCGAGAAUCCUCUGGAUUCGAGCCGACCAUUGCCAGAGAAAAUCCCAACGAAGGGAUGAAAGCUAGAAAAAGAACAUGGACCCCCAAAGCCGUCGGAAAAGGAUUUGAGCCGUUUUACGUGCACGGACCGAAGAGUGAGCGGAGUCUUAUCACGGCGCGUUUGGGGGGCGAUGUCUUGGAUGACGAGGGCGUGGAGGAAUUUGUGCCGAGACGCGGGUGGAGGCCGGUCCUGCAUUAG